UGUUGUCGUGUGCCGCACAUUAUCACUAAAGUAUCUCCAAAACUUACCUACUUCUCACUUUAAGCGCAGUUUCAAACGUUUAAUGUUGCCUAAGUAAGACAACAAGAAAUAUACAGGAGACAAUGUCGUUCAAUGUCGACAUCGACGAAGCAGAUGUGGCGGUGCUCAACCAAAACUUGAACAAAUCCAAAGAAUUGUUUGCGUCGAUUUCGAAAUCGCUCGGCACUAUCUCCAAUAAGUCGGUUAAUGCCUCACGUAACAUUAAGCCCAUAUUGGAAGAUGUGAAUAAAUUGAGUGAUAACAAACGGCAGGUAGAGCGCGGGUUGAAUAUUUUACAAGAGGUAAGUGAGAGUGCGCGCAUUAUCAACAAUUAUGAGAGUAUAUUAAAUCAAUCUAUUGAACUAAUAGGAUUGAAUCAAUAUGUGGAUACACUUAAUCGGGCUAAGAGUUUACUUAAGAAUUUGAAAGGUAAAUUUAAAAGAUUUCGAGGGAUCAUUAAUAACUUUGAAAAUACUGUUGAUCAAUCUGAUUUAAAAUUACAAACAUUCUAUCAGAGUUUAAUUCAUCAACCAGCUAGUGAACUAUUAAAUAGUAAUUCUAAAUUGCUGGAUAUUAAGGGAAUUAUAGCAUUAUAUCAACAACAAGAAGAUAAUGUAUCACAUAUUUAUCGAGAUUAUUGUCGGAUCAGAAGUUCUAUUAUCAUUGAGAAUUUAAGAUCACUUAAAGUAGCUAGUGAACCUCAAGAGAGACCGGCCAAUGUUCAAUAUGAAAAGGGAAGUAAUGGUAUAGCCAAAUUUGUGGAUCGGUUCAUUGAACAAAUCAAACAAGAAUCGAUAUUAUCGCAACAUCUUGAAGUAUCAAAUGAUCAUUUGGUUACUAUUGGAGAUAAAGCAUUAGAUGAUCUUAUUAAUAAUUCAUUAUUACCAUCUAUGAGUCAAUUCUUUAAUUUUAAGAAUAAUAUGAAGGUAUUAAAUAAUGAUACAUUAUUAUUAGAAAUGAUUGAGAAUCUUUUACGAUUAAAGGAUUCAUUAGUUAAUGUCAUUGGAGCUAGUGGUGUAGAAACAUAUGAUUAUAAGCUUGGAACAUUUAUUAAGGGAUAUCAUGAGAUUUUCCAAGAGUACUUCAAAUUAAUUGAACAUCGUUUAUCAUUACCUACCGCCAAUCUUCAGAAUGAUGGAAUUAUAGUUGAAUUAAUUUCGAAAAUAAGAAGAAUUACCGAAUAUAAAUAUUCAUUAUUAACAUUAAUCUCAUACUAUAAACUUGGAGAUUGGUUAAGUACCAAACCUCCAUUUAAAUUCAUUAAUGUUUAUACAUCCGUAAUUCCUAAUCUUAAUAAUGAUUCAAGUCCAGAAUAUUUAUUAAGUUCAUUCUUAUCCGAUACUAUUGAUGCCAUUAUGAUUAAUAUUGAAAUUGGAUUAAAUUCUCCAUCCGCCUCAAGUUCAGCAAGUUUAACUCAUGGAAAGAAAUCAGCUCAAGGAUUUACUUUAAUUAAAUAUCUUGAUAUUGUUGAAACCAUAGUUAAUCAUGCUCCUAGUUUACAUUCUAGUUUAGGUAGUCAAGGUCUUGAGAGAUUAUCUAAAUUAAAGAAUCGAUUCUUAAAGUAUUUCUUAGAUGAUUGGAAUCAUGCAUCAUAUAUUAUUAUACGAGAUAUGACUCAAAUUACUGCCAGUCAAGCUCAUACUAUGACAGGAUCUAAUCAAGGAGGAGGUGGAGGUGGAGGACCUAAUUCACCUCGACCAUCGACUACUUCAACUAUUAUUUCAACUGCUAGUGUAUCUAAACAUUUAAAUAAUAAAGAAAAGGAACAAGUUAAAGAAAUGUUUAAGAAUUUUAAUGAAGCAUUUGAAGAGGCAUUACGUAAUUAUGAAAAGUAUAACAUUACUGAUCCUCAACUUAAAAAUUAUUUAGGUAAUGAAAUUAAGAAAUUAAUUGGGAAUACCUAUUUUAAAUUAUAUGAUACAUUUGGUAAUAGUGAUUUUACUAAGAAUAAGUCAAAGUAUAUUAAGUAUGAUAAAGUACAAUUUGAACGAUUAUUGAGUGAGAAGAUAUAGAUAGGUAUAUAUAUUAUAACGAUUGUAUACUGAA